CUUUCAUACUGUCAUAAUUGUAAUUUUUUUGUUUCUUUUCAUCAUUUGUCAGUGAAUUUUGUAUAGAAAUCUCUCACACAUUCCAUAAACUGCAGUAACUGAGUAAAAAAUUCUGAACUUCGUCAUGUCUAAUGUACUGAGGAAGCAAAGUUUGGCAAUACUGAGUGUUUCCAAUAAAGAUGGUUUGGAGAAAAUUGCUGGUAGAUUAAAUAGGUUGGGAUAUGGUUUGAUAGCUUCAGGAGGAACUGCAAAGAAAAUACGAGAUGCAGGAAUUUCGGUUCGAGAUGUGAGUGAAGUUACUGGAGCUCCGGAAAUGCUUGGAGGAAGAGUAAAAACACUUCAUCCUGCUAUACAUGGUGGAAUUUUAGCACGAAACAUUGAAGGAGAUCAAAAUGAUAUGAAAAAUUUAGAUUUUCAAUAUAUAAGUGUUGUGGUGUGCAAUCUCUACCCAUUUAUUGAAACCAUUGCAAAGCCAGAUGUGACAAUGGAAGGGGCAGUAGAAGAAAUUGAUAUAGGUGGUGUGACACUUUUAAGAGCUGCUGCCAAAAAUCAUAAUCGUGUGACAGUUGUAUGUGAUCCUGAUGAUUAUGAUAUGGUGGCUAAAGAAAUGGAAUCUUCAGAAGAUGCCUCUACCAACCUAGAUACCAGGAAAAUGUUAGCCUUAAAGGCAUUCAAUCACACAGCAGAAUAUGACGCAGCUAUAUCAGGCUACUUGAGAGAAAACUAUGGUUCUGAAACCAGUCGACUACCACUUCGUUAUGGGAUGAAUCCUCAUCAAAAACCGGCGGAGGUUUAUGUUCCUUCUGGAAACCUUCCAUUCAAAGUGUUGAAUGGCUCUCCAGGAUUUAUCAAUCUUUGUGAUGCAUUAAAUGCAUGGCAAUUAGUAAAAGAAUUGAAAGAAGCAUUAGGUUUACCUGCAGCCACUUCAUUUAAGCAUGUUAGCCCAGCAGGUGCUGCAGUUGGUACAACACUUACAGAAGAUCAAGCAAAAUUGUGUAUGGUUGGAGAUGUAUUUGAUACAUUAACACCACUUGCAACUGCCUAUGCAAGAGCUAGAGGUGCUGAUAGGAUGUCGUCAUUUGGUGAUUUUAUUGCAUUGUCUGACGAAUGUGAUGAUGUUACAGCUAAAAUAUCCAGAGAGGUUUCUGAUGGAAUUAUUGCACCUGGAUAUUCUGAAGCAGCUUUGCAGAAAUUGUCAAAGAAAAAAGGAGGAAAAUAUUGUAUACUUCAGAUGGAUGCAGAAUAUAAACCUCCUGAAUUUGAAACAAGAGAAUUAUUUGGCAUCAGAAUGAAGCAAAAGCGAAAUAAUGCAGUGAUUUGUAAGGAAAUGAUGCAAAAUAUUGUAUCAGCAUCUAAAAAGCUUCCGGAAUCCGCAAUUAGAGAUUUGAUUGUUGCUUCAAUUGCAUUGAAAUACACUCAAUCCAAUUCGGUAUGUUUUGCCAAAGAUGGUCAAGUUAUUGGAAUUGGUGCUGGUCAACAAUCAAGAAUACACUGUACUCGUAUCGCAGGGGAUAAAGCAAACAAUUGGUGGCUUCGUCAACAUCCAAGAGUCUUAGGAUUGAAAUUCAAAAAAGAAGUCAAACGUCCUGAGAAGUCAAACCUUAUUGAUGCCUAUGUUACAAGAAUUGUUGGAAAGGAUAUGGAUGAACAAACAUGGCGGAAUUGUUUUGACAAUGAACCAGUGUUAUUUUCUGAGGUUGAUUGUGCAGACUGGAUAUCCAAGCUUGAUGAUGUUGCUCUUAGUUCAGAUGCUUUCUUUCCCUUCAGGGAUAACAUUGACAGAGCCAGCAAGAAUGGUGUUCGCUACAUCGUGAGCCCAGCUGGAUCCAACAAUGAUGAUAUUGUUCGUGAUGCUUGUGAUGAACAUGGAAUCACAUUUAUACAUAGUCAUACUAGAUUGUUUCACCACUGAUGGGAUGUGGACAGAAGUGGUGUGUUUUGACGUUUCUUGGCAGCCAUAGUACUAGACAUUGAAGGAUUUUUUUUUACAAUAUGCAGUAUUUUCCCACUGUCAUGCUUCAAUAGUGUGUUAAUCAUGUUUUUAUAUCAUGCCAAUAUUGCUUGCCUCAUUUCAAGUGUUUUAGUUUCUGAGUAACAUGCAAGUACCGUAAUUAUUUUGUAGUGACACUUAUUAAUAGUAACCUUCUAUUCAUCUUUUUGGUAACCUAAAUAAUUUCAUUGCUUGACCUCUUUGGAGUGAAAAUUAAUCACAAAAAUGGUUUUAUUUGAUUUUCCAUGUAACACAUUUGGCAAUAUUUCUGGACUACAUGUAAUCUGCAAGACUUGGUAUUUUCAUCACUGUGUUUAGUUUCGUAUGGUUACUCUUUUACAGUGCUACUGUGAGAUGACAUCGGUUUUUUUAUACCUAUACAUUCAGGAUUUUCCUUCUAAUGAAUCUUUGUGCUUGACCGAAGUCCAUUUUUGCCUGUUGUGGUGUUGCCAUUACUUUUGUACAUUAUUGCAAUUAAACGUCUUGCCACAUUUCCAAAUAUACGUUUGACAGAGCGUUUUACAUG